UUGGCAUGCAGUUUUGCGGUAAAAUAUAAGAAUUGUUUACAUGGAUUCUAGAUCUAGACCGAAUGAAAGCUAAUGGCUACUGCUUCAUAUUCACUCCCACCACAUGGAAUUCCCACACUAAUUCCAGAAAUUAUCUCUAAACCAUUUGACACUAUUCAACAUAAAACGGUUCGUGUUGUCGGACGAGUGGUGAACUAUGAUGCAGCAAACAACUUAGCCUUCUUAGCAGAGCCAACCCAAUCUUCCUCCAUUCAUCUAGUGGUGGACACACAGCUUACAGACAGUUCAGAUUAUGUCACUGGUUCUCAAGUUAUGUUGAUUGGUGAACUGGAAGAGUUGGACUUGUCUGUACACAAGCUGCGUGGUUUCACUGACAGUGGUAAUGUGAUUCUCAAAGCUCGUAUUUCAAAGUGUGUGGACAGAUUAGAUUACGGGCUGUACUGUAAGACGCUGGCAGUGUGGAGAGACUUUAGUGAGGUUCAUUUUAGUCAAUAAUCAGCCUAUUUUGUUUCUUUUGCUUUGCAAGUCAACGUCCUUUGGCAAUUAAAUCAUUAACAAAAGAACUAACUUUCUGAUUUAAACUUUACAUGUGAUGCUAAAGUGAACUUACAUGAAUGUACGAUGUGUUUGCAUCAUUGUAAUAUUUUGUUAUGUGUAAAGCUCUAUGGUACUGUAAAAUAAAUUUCCUUCAGGACAAUAAAGAUAUUAUUAUAUUGUUUCA